GAGGAGCGCACAAAUCAACCUGCCUCUUGACUUGAACCAAGAGGACAGAAAGAGCCGGCAGAAGCCAGAGAAUCGGGAAGUGCGUUUGUUGUUUUAUUUUUGGGACAGAGGAAGAGAACGGCAGACAGGAGGAACUGAAGGAGGAGGAGGAAGAAGAGGAGGAGGAGGAGGAGAAAGAGCCUCACCGUGGAGACAGAUAGACAGAAAAAUGCUGUCAUGGGGAGAGAAGGGGAGGGAGUCGGCGGAGAGGAACAGGAUGAAACAAGGCAGGCUCGAGCGGAGCUGAAACGUGGAGGAGGCCACUGGACCUGACCAAGAGGGAAGCAGCAGGCACUGAAGAGUGCAGACGAAUGGAUGCCAUGUUAGAGAGGUUGAUAGAGCCUCUGCUACAAAGAGGACUUGGGCUCCAGUGAAAAUCCUCUCGUCCUUACUCCAAAGGAAUGAGCGCGGCACAACUGGAGCAUCACCGAAACCCACAUCUGCAACCCUAAACGAACCCCUGCAAACAGCUGGAUAUUCUCCUCGAUUGUCUUCAUUCACGCUCAAACACUCAUUGGGAUGUAGUUUGGCGUCUCGUAGAGAGGUCCAAAGUUUUAGUAAAUGUAACCAUCUUAAGUGGUGUGAAUGAGAAGUGUAUUGGUUGCUUUCACUCAGAGACGUUCUACAUCUUAGCGUCCAGUUCUCCCGUCUCACACCAGCACCAUAAAGACCAGGACAGACGUCUCACUGGGAGAGCAGAAAGCUGUCCUGGACCGCAGUGGAGAUACGAUACUGUUGGGCUGGAGUCGUUUUUUCCCUCAACAUGCAGUCAGAUGACCUCUUCAUUCGCAAGUUUCGCCGUCAGAACAUGCGGCCGCCUAUUGCCACUGUGAGCUUUGACCCCAACAGGGAGGCUAGUCUGGUGGAGUGGCCGCCAAGGAGGGAGGCGGACGGAGCCGAGGAUGACAGCCUCACUCCGAGCCGCGUGGGGCUGCCGCUGAGGUCGGUAGGCCGCGGCCACAUCAUGCAGAGAAGUAACAGCGACGUGACCUUAGGAGACUUGGACUCCUCCGGGAAGGCCGGCGGUAACGCCGCUCGGGUGGUCGGUGAGAAGGCGGGUGCAGGGGCCCAGGGGGAUGGCGGUGUGCUGCUACACAGGGAAUACGGCAGCCUGUCAUCCCUUGAGAGACAGACCCAAGCACAGGUGGCAAAUGCAGAAAACCAGGGGCCCCUGAGUCCAAACGCCCUACGCUUCAAAGACCCUUUCCUGCUCCUGGGCCUGCAGGGAAACCCUCCGGAGCCCGAUGGAUUCUUUCGGGGUCUGUCUCUUCCCGCGGGGGACUCCCCAAAACCUGCCAAGCCACCAAAGCCCGAAGGACUAAGUAAGAAGACCAAACCCCCUCAUAUCCCUCAACCAGGUCCGUACGACAACAUUGGGGGUGGGGCCUGGGUGAGGAACUUUGCCCACUACGAUGUUCAGAGCAUCCUGUUUGACCUCACCGAGGCAGCCACAAACAGAGACAGCAUCGGACGGAAGAAAAAUAUCACCUCAGGGGCUUCGGCCGCCUCCCAGCUGCGCCCCCCGUCCCAAGCCACCCCGUCCUCUCCUGCACAGGGCGGGGGAGGCAACGGGGUGAAUGCAGAUGACCCCGAGCAGUCGCUGCUCCUGGACGAAGGGGACGGCAACGAUAACGAGCUGCUGCUCAGCUGCCCGCACUUCCGCAAUGAGACGGGGGGAGAGGAGCAGGUGGGUCUCGAUCAAGCCCAGGAGAGGCGCGGUCUGUCGUCCAGCCUGAGAACCCCCAACGAUGCCGUGUCGGUCCUGGAGGAGCCCAGAGAGAGUCACGUUCAGCAGCAGGGCAAGAGCAACUACUUCAUAGAGCAUGCAGAUCUGGGAGCCCACUACUAUCGCAAAUAUUUCUACAUGAAGGAACACCAGAAUUUCUUCGGAAUGGACGACCGUCUCGGCCCAGUGGCCAUCAGUUUCCGCAGGGACGAGAAAGAAGGAUCCAGCGGAGCUCAGUACAAUUACAGAAUCAUCUUUCGCACCACGGAGAUGAAGACGCUGCGAGGUUCCAUCUUGGAGGAGUCGGUGCCUUCUGCCGCUCGUCACACGACCCCCAGGGGCUUGUCUCCCAAGAGGCUGCUGGAGUUCAUCAUGCCUGAGCUGAACCUGCACUGCCUUCGCUUGGCUUCGAAUUCCCCCAAGGUCAGGGACACCCUGCUGAAGCUGGACGAACAGGGGCUGAACUUCCAGCGGAAGGUUGGCGUGAUGUACUGCCGGGCCGGGCAGAGCUCAGAGGAAGACAUGUACAACAACGAGAGCUCCGGCCCAGCGUUCGAACAGUUCCUGGAUCUGCUCGGGGAGCGUGUGCGGCUGAAGGGAUGGGAGAAAUACAGGGCUCAGCUGGACAACAAGACUGACUCAACUGGGACGCACUCCCUCUACACGCGCUACCAGGACUACGAGAUUAUGUUUCACGUGUCGACUAUGCUGCCCUACACAUCCAACAACACGCAACAGUUGCUGAGGAAGCGACACAUCGGUAACGACAUUGUGACGAUCGUGUUCCAGGAGCCGGGCGCUUUGCCCUUCACCCCAAAGUCCAUCCGCUCCCAUUUCCAACACGUCUUCAUCAUCAUUCAGGUCCAUGAGCCCUGCACUGAAAACACCUAUUACAGAGUGGCUGUGACACGCUCUAAAGACAUGCCAUUAUUUGGCCCACUCUUCCCCAAGGGCGCCCGAUUCCCCAGCUCCCUCGCCUUCAGGGACUUCCUGCUGGCGAAGGCCGUGAAUGCCGAAAACGCGGCGGAGAAGUCGGAGAAGUUCCGCUCCAUGGCCACGCGCACGCGGCAGGAAUACCUGAAGGACCUGGCUGAAAACUACGUGACCACCACCCCCAUUGAUUCCUCCACCAAGUUCCCCCUUCUCUCGCUGGGGGGUAAACGCAAAGACAAGCUGAAGGGCGCGAAAGGGGCCGAGCUGCACAGUGCCGGCGCGCUGGUGUGGGCUGUGAUGGUCAACAGCGGAGAGGAAGGGGAGGCCGUAGAGCUCCGGCUCCCCUGCCUGCUGGGGGUGUCCGCGGAGUCGGUGGUGCUCAUUGAGAGGUGCACGCGCAGGGUGGUGUUCAACUGCUCCUGUCGAGAUGUCAUCGGUUGGAAGGCAGUGGCAGAGACUAAGGAGGGGGGGCCCUGCCUGGACAUCUUCUACGAGCGCGGGGAGUCGGUGUCCAUCAGCGUGACAGAGAGCCAGGCGGAGGAUAUACGAGAGGUGGUGCAGAGGCUGGAGCUGGUGACACGCGGCUGUGAGGCUCUCGAGGUCACCCCCCUGCGCGACGGCGUCGGACAGCCCGGCUUCCUGAUGAACGAGGAGGGCUUCGUGACGGAGCUGCAGCGGUUCUGCUACGCUGAAAGCGGAGGCCUGCAGCUGUGGGCCCGCGUGGUGCGACUGUGCGGACACUCGCUGGUCCACCUGAGCCCCGAGGAGAGAACCAGGCUGCUGCGCACCGCGCACAAGAUCCACAUCACCGUCAUCCCACCCGACGAGAACGGCAAGCCACGCAGAAGUUUCUCCGAGCUCUACCAGAAAGCCAUCAAGGACGUGGAGUGUACACCCGGCGAGGAUCAGUCUGGAGAGGCGUGGGUACUGGACGAGAGGGAGGAAGAGGAGGAGGAGGAGGAGGAGGAGGAGGAGAAGGAGGGCGGGGAGGUUGGGGAGGAAGAGGAAGCAGAAACAAAGGAGGAAAAGCUGAAGGCGAGUGGCGUCGAUGAAGCGGACGCGGUGGAAGAGCAGGUGGCGUUCGAGGGCGGCGGAGGACAGUCGUGCGAUGAAGGGCAAAGUGAGAAAAGCCCCGGCUCGCUCCUCACUCCGCCCGGCUUACCGUUGUUACGGGCCACGUCUCUGCAGGACCAACCGGCCGCUCAGAGCCCCGAGCGCAGCGACUCGCAGCUCCCCCGCAGCUGCUCCUUGGAGAGGCAGCCGACCUACAGGGAUGCGUGUGAUGGGCACGUGAACGACCACGUGGGGCUGAAGGGAGAACACCACAUCUACGCCAACGUCUGCGAGCUGAGGGACGCCACACCUGAUCUGAUCCUGGCCGUCAAACCCAAAGCUCCCCAGGAGGACCAACAGUUGAUGGCCGCCGAGUUCGGGGAUGACAAAGCGUCAGUGAGUGACUCGUCUUCCCGGUUGUCGUGUUUAGACCGCGCAGAAAGAAACUCACGAGCCAUAAGUCUUCAUAACUCCAUCACCAAGAUUCUCUCAGAGAACACAGAUUCCACGGAGGAGGAGUGGCAGUCCAUCGCUGACCUGGCCACGGCCUGCCGCAGCAUCCUGGAGGCUUUGUCACAAGAGGACCAUCGAGCCGGAGACCCCUCGCAAGCAGGAGCCGACCAGCAAGACGGCAGGCCGAAGGACUCAAAGGACAGUGACUCUCCAGGCCACCUAGAAGAGAAGGUGUCCCAGCUGGAGUCCAUGCUGAAGAGGCUGCAGGAUGACCUGCAAAAGGAGAAGGAGGACAAGGCGGUGCUGCAGGCCGAGGUGCAGAGCCUCCGGCAGAACAACCAGCGGCUGCAGGAGGAGUCGCAGAGCACAGUGGCUCGCCUCAUCAAAGUCACCGAGCUGCUGUGCAACGUCAACAAGCCCUGUUAGCUUCUGCGCGCGCGAAUCACACGCAGAUCAGCAGAAAGAUGCAAAUAGUACCACGUGCUUGUACGCUCAGUGCGCCGGUUUUGUGCGAAUGUAUGCGUUGGCAAAGGCAGAUGCACGCGCACGUUGUUCAAUCUGCGUGCGGCCGCGGUCUCAACCCUGAAUCCUGCACCUGCCUUUUGGUGAGGGAGUAUGCAAAUCAACCCGUGAGGAAGAAAGAAAUGACAUUUCCAACAUCCCCUGACCUUCAUAGACUGACUAUGCCGGAGUGCUCCUCCUGGUGUAUAUGAUACCGUAUGUGUGUGGACGUGUGACGCGUGUGUGCGUGCGCGUGACUGUGCGUGCGCAUCUCUUACUGUACCUUGCUUCAAAUACUUGACAAGCUGGGCUGAAUAGCACUUGCAUAAAAAGUGGCAAUUAAGACUGAGAGACACUGUAUAGCAUGUUUGGUGGUGUCUCAUCUGAAAUGACCAAAAGUGUAUAUAUAUAUAUACUGUAUCACCAACAAUAUAUGUGAACAGUAGUGUCGCUAUCCUCCAGACGUUUAGUUGCAGUGUGGUUCUGCCUGCCGCCGAUAGUGUGGAAAGUCUUGAAACAAAACACAACAGGAGACAAAAAGGGAACACGACAACGAAGCAGCAUUCUACUUCAAAAGAUGUAAUGAUGCCAACUGACUGUCCCUAGAGACGGGCCUGUUGCUAAGGAAAUAAUUCUCUGCCCUCGUCACUUCCCAGUAGUACUGUAUUUAAGACACUGGAAUAAUUAGGGAAUAGUUUUUUUUUUUUUUUUUAAUCCUUAUACGAAAGGGAGCUAAACUGGAAAUGUAUGUUAAAAACAGUAUAAAAGGGAAAAGUGUUUUUACCCAUCCUGAAAACAGAGACAGUGGCAGGAAAAGAACUGCUUCAGCUUCCUUCCACGAGCGCCUGUAGCGUUUUCCCUCCAACCUCACUAUUGUAGCAGCCGUUCUGUAGAAGGUCUCCUCCUACUGGCCUGAACCACAAAAUGCCAAAAGGCAGCUUUCUCUUUCAGCUGGCAAAAUAGCUUUAGGUGUCAGAAUAAAACAUCUCGAACUAACAGUGAAAAAUACAGGAUAUUGUAUUUAAAUAUUUGUGUUUGGCGGAUGUCUACAGUGACUGUUUUGGGUAAUUGUUUUAGUAUGGCUUAUGAGUGCUAGAAGUAAGGAUAAUUGGGGAAAUCUUACCGUUCCACCUGAUGCGUGUUUGUAUGUGUUUCUGUGUUGUUCCUGCACUUUUUUUGGGGUAAAAUCAGCACUGGACAGUCACCUUAUUUAGCCCAGGUUAUGUCUUGCUCAACAUGAAAAGGUGAUUAAGAUCUCAUCCCCUUGACGCCACCUUUACCUCACUUUUGUGUGUCUGCUGACUGCUUGACUGCUUCUCCUCAGUGCCAACGAAAAAAAAAAAAAGCGCAGGCAGCUCUCCUGAAUCCCACCGAAAUCAAACUGAACUGACCACAAACUCCAAUCUCCAACCACGAACUCUAGACUCUAGACAAAAAGGGAUGCCAAAAGUUCGUCAGCCACUCCGACUCACUUGUUUCUUGUACAAACUUCCUUGUAAUUUUAUUUUAGAGUCACUGUGAAUACCUGGUACCAGCAUAUUAAGAUACAAUAUAUGAAGAUUAACUUAUGGAUCUAAACGUGAUGAGUGUGUGAAGAUACUGUAUGUACAGCUGAACUGUUCCAUGUUAGUGCAUUGGGUUGCGUACGCCCUCCUUUUUGCAGAAUGAUUAUGCAGAGAAGUGUUAAUCGUGACCACGCGGGCGUUUGUUUCAUCUCCUGCACACGCUGAAGCCUCGUUUCUGAACAGAGAGGCGGCGGUGUGGGAAGACCUGUUUUACUGUGUCUUGUAUAGUUAUUUAGAUUGUAGGAGGUUGGUCAAGCAUGAGAAUGUGCCAAGCAACUUCCAAGCGCCCCCCCACCCCACCCCCCUCUGUUUAUGUGUAUGUAUAAAAAUGUAACUUAUUAAUCAUGCAAAUGUGGAUUUUCUUGUAGCUGUUACAACUGGAGGGAAGUCUCGAGGAAAAAAUGUGAAAUAGGGCGGAACGGGAAAGUGGGCUUGGUUAUGAGUUUAUGUUUCUUUUGUAGAAAAUUGAUGAUAUGACAUGAUAAUAUAUUAUCUGCUAAAUGUGACAAUGGUUCUUAUUAUCAUUUUGAUAUAUUUCAGCUGAAACUCUUGAAGAUAAUAAGGUCUUAAAACACCAUUAGGUACGCCUUAAUGAGUGAAACUUGAAUGGAUGUUCAAACUGGUCAUACUGGUGUUUUCUGAAGGCUUAUUCCUCUGACUUUGUGCCUACUAGAAAAUGUAAUGUAUGGUGUUCCAGCUUAGUGACCUCAUUUCUUUGUUUUUGGUUGGAUUUACUGAGUUUUUUCUUGUGGCAGAUUAUGGAUUUCCUGAGAGACCGUCGCAACAUCUGGUCUUUCAUCCGCUGUGCGAGCAAAAGUAAUUGAUGAUCAGAAAGAACAGAUGAUGAUGAAAAUAAUAAUGACAAUGAUAGUUGUGUGUUGCUGGUCUGAGGAAUCACAGAUGCUCAGUGAGUCUCAAUGGUUCAAAGAAGCAGAGCAACAAACAUAUGAUUUUUAAAAGAAAAUUAAUAGAAAAAGGUUUCUGCAAAUGACCCGUGUUGAAUUGAAAUGAAGUUCAAGUUUAUAUGAAUGUGUGGAAUGGCGUAUGGGUCCUCUAAAGGAUGCUUAUUUUGCUAUUUAAAUAUUUAGAAGAAUAAAUUGUCUCAGAAAAUCCCACGACGUAUUUGA